AUGCGAUCGGGCAUCGUAGGUACUUCGGUUACAGCCCUGGUAAGGGAUGUCCGUCGUGUUCUGGAACCCAACACAGCUAGUCAUUUAAGAGAACGCCGAUCCAAUCGUCUCAAAGAUUUUGUUAUGGUUGCAGGUCAAUUGGGUGUUACCCACUUCCUUAUCUUUAGCCGUACAGAAAAGAAUGUCAAUUUGCGUAUCUCUCGUGUGCCCCGAGGACCUACACUUACUUUCCGUGUUGCUGAAUAUGCUUUAGCCAAAGACUGCUUAGCACUUCAAAAGAACCCAAAGACAUCCGAUGUUGAAUAUCACAAAAGCCCUUUACUCGUCUUAAACAACUUUCAGCAGCCUGGCAAAGAAUUCAAAGUGAUGACAGUCAUGCUACAGAACAUGUUUCCUUCAGUGGAUGUUCAAACAAUGCAACUAUCAGAAGCAAAGCGUGUUCUUUUGUUCAACUAUAAUGAAGACACAGGCAUGAUUGAUAUGCGUCAUUAUAGUAUUGGUGUAAAAGCAACAGGCGUAUCCAAAUCGAUCA